AUGUUAGCCACUCAGUUCAAAAAGCACUUCAUCGAUGGGAGUAGGCAAACAAAUACUAGCGUUCAUUUGAUGACGGUGAAGCAAGGGGAGAAUGAAAUUCUUAAGGACUACAUCAAGAGGUUUAACACCGAGUCUCAGCUAAUCCCCGACCUCCAAGACAAUGUUUCUUUCACAGCCCUUCUCUUCGGGCUCAAGUCUAACAAGCUGAAGUUUGAACUUGUCCAUGACAAGGUGAGCACCUUCUCUGAAGCCAUGGAGAGAGCUAAAAGGAUCAUUGAAGCUAGUGAGGUGUGCAAGGCACCCGUAGCAAACAACAAGGGGAAGAGGAAGCAAGAAGAUAACUACCAUGACAACAGGAAUAGAAGGCCGAGGAGGGCUGAGAGAGAUGAUGAAGGACUCAAGUACAAUGCUGAUAGGCGUGAGAUCUAUUUGGACAUAAAGCACAAGGCUAUUCUUCCUAAGCCUAACCCCAUGAACACGCCGAUAGAGCAGAGGAACAAGAAUAUUUGGUGUGAAUACCACAAGGAGUGA